CCAACACGACGGACACUAACCUGGUGUCGUUUGAGAAGAACUCCAGGUAGUCCAACUCUGGAAGUGGCUGCAGUUGUUCCACCAGCUCGUCCCGGGACAGACUGGGGGGCAAUCGUCGGAUCACAAUCUGAGAUAAGACAAGAGCGAGUCAACCGAACUGACUACCGCAGCAGCCAUGUGGUAUGAAAUCCUCCCGGGCCUCGCCAUCAUGACGGUGUGUCUCGUCGUUCCUGGCGUCGCCACAAUUCACAUUCAGAAGUUCACAAACGGUGGAAAGGAGAAAAGAAUUGCUCGGAUUCCAUGGCAGUGGGCUUUAAUGGAGAGAGACAGGAGGGUGUCCGGCACCGGAAAGUACUUCGAGUCAAAGGGUCUCGAGAACAUCCACUGAAGAACUGCUGCCUCCCAGAGGAUUACAUUGUACAAUAAAACAUUCUAUAUAACAGUUGAUUUCACAAAAUUAAAUAAAAUAUCCCAAGUGAUCGUUUGAAAUUGUCUUGUUUUCCA